AUGGUCGAUAGAAGGAGAUUAGAAAACAUUAAGCAAAAGAUAAGAGAAGGGCGCAUGACUUUUGAAGAUGCCUGCUUUUCCUUGCUAUCCAAAGAUCAGAUUGGGCAGAAAGAGAUCGCCAUUCUUCUCCUGGUAGCAGAAGACAUUGUCUUCGUGAGAGAUAGUGUGGAUUACAUUAAAGAAGGUGAGCAAAGCGGAGAAGAGGACAGCACGUUUUCAUAUGCAAAGGUAUCGAGCCAGCUUCUAUUCCAAAAAUACGAAAAACUGCUAAACACCAAAUACCCAGAGGUUUUGCACUGUUUUUGCGCAUUUCUUAAGGAGCUGUCUGUGUAUGAGUUUGGAGAAACAAUAGUUGGCUCCGGGCUAUUUGUGGAAAAAGGUGCAGAUGUGUGCCAGAAAAUACUGAGCACACUGCAGGAGAGAAGCGAGGACGAGAUAAGGAUGGGAUACAUCUCAGUCGAAAUACUAGAUAUGCUUCUGGACAUAGUUAAGUUUCACGAUAAAAGUCUGUCGCUUGGGCUGGCUAACUCAAUUGUCAGCCUAAAGCGCAUGGAGCAGACUGUGCAAGAGAUACUAGGCGUCAAAGCAAAGCUUUUUUCCUGGUUCAAAAUGCUGAAAUACAUUGUGAAGUUUGUUGCAAAAAGAGGAGAGAACCUAGUGGUGUCUAUGCUGAAGUCCCUGCAGAAGAUCGCAACUGAAAAAAGAUUUCUCUAUUUCACAUACUACAAAAACAUUCCCUUUUUUUCCCGCGUUUUGUGCGAUGAGAUAAAGAUCUGGGCUAUGCACCUGAUGCACCCAAUAGACUGCUACAUAGACCCUGCCUUUCCGCUGCUUGCCGGUGCCUUUGUGAUCAGGCCAAAACAGUUUGAUGCGAAUUUGCACAAGAAAGAGCAGAUUAUCGUGCACACUCAUAUGAUAAUCAGUGAACUGCUGAGGUACAUCCCAUGCGCAAACACUCGAAUAACGCAUUUGUACAUUGAAGUGGGUGAUACACCCAGGGAAAUCAACGUUGAAAAGUGGAAUGCCCUCUACCACAUUUUUAACUUGGACAUUAUAAAAUGCGAAAUCAAGCUCUCUGUGCACAGCACAAUUACCACAAAAAAAUUUAUCUGUGCUUUCUUCAGCUCUUUAAUAGCACGCGACAUUCUUUCUCUGUGCAUGUAUCCAGAGAUGCCAAUAUCAGAGGAGGUCCUGAGCAGCAUGAUCGAGAAUCUCAGAGUUGAGUCGCUUAUCCUAAAAGAGCUGUCAUACAAGGAGACGAUCGGUCUGGAGAUAGAGGAGUUUUUGUGGAUCAUCAGCAAACAGGGCGAUGGCAUGUUUAAAUACCUAAAAGAGCUAUCAAUCACAUCUACCUUCCAGAAAAAGAUCGUUGAGGGACUGCAGCGCAUUACUUUUUCAGGGAUCAAAAAGCUCCUAUUGGACUUUAUGCCUAUGGAUGGCCAGCAGACAAGAUACAUCCCAAAGAUCACACAUUUGAUAAAUCGGAAUAUUUUUCCUAUACUGUCUGAAGUAACCAUAAAAAACAGCCGCAUCACAAGACAGGAUUUUGAGUUCAUUAAUGAAAAAAUGAGCCUAGUGCAGGUAAAAUACAACAACUUCUACUGUCCCUCGGGCUCUUCGUAUGUAGACCAAAACACAUACACGUUUAAACAGGCAGAGAAUGUGUCCAUAAACGCAGGAAUUGUGUUCAUCCUCCCAGAAAAAACAGUGCACAAGUGGUACACCAAGCACUCUAAAGACAUACUGUCUGACUGUUUAAUCUGCAGGAGUAAAUUUAGCGAAGGUUCUCAAGACCAGGUAAUAAUCCUUGCGUGCGGAAGCGUCUUCCACAUCGGAUGCAUCACAGAAGCAUUUUCUAGGAAAAAGAACCCGUGUUGUCCAUUUUGCAAAAGAAAAAUCCAUUUGAUAAUGGGGCUUCCCAUGGCAGUGGACACGAUGUUUAAGCCCUUUAGCCCCAAUAGCUUCAUGCAGAUACAGAAAAGCUUUCCAAACUUUAACCAGUAG